AUGGUUGCAAGGAUAUCAAUUUAUUUGGUAUAUUCAUUGGUGGUGGUGUUGCCAUACUAUUCAGUUUUGUGUCAAGAUGCAUUGCAAAGUCUAAUAGAUGGAGCAAAACAAUCUGGUAUCUCUCAAGACACACUUGAUGAUGCUCAGAGUGCUUUAGGAGAUGCUUCUGUCCAACAGGCUGCUGAGGGUGCCUUGGCUGACGAAUCCUUGGCUGAUUGGGUUCAACAAGCAGAUGAGCUAACAAGCAAAGGGAGUACACCACCAGCAGUAGAAGCACCAGCAAAUUUACCUGCUGAUGAAGAGGAAGACAUUGCAGAAUCAUCAAAGAAAUCACCAACAAAAGCCCCAAAGUUGGCACCAAAUUCAGCUCCAGAUAAAGCACCAAAGUUAGCACCAAAUUCAGCUCCAGAUAAAGCACCCCCAGCUAAACCACCUGAACUUCCACGAAAAUAUAAGGCACCAUCACCUGCACCUCAAGCACAUUCUCCCAAUGCAGCAUCUCCCCAAGCAUGA